AGCUGCAAUACAGGCCGCGUACUUAGCACGCGCUGUUCUUUUCGAUCGAGUUUUGUGCGUAAUAUAGUGGGUGAGCCAAAAAAAAUUGGAUUUCUUUAGUGUGAAAAUAACCAACAAAAAAAUUCAAAUAUGAUUCUUCGACCAACAUGUAAAAUAAGGACUUUUGUGUUUAUGCUUGUGAUAGUGGUGUUAUUAGUACAUUUAGCGUCAACAGAAAGGGUAUCCCGAAGACGGUUACGUAGGCCCACUAAAUCAUCAGAAUCAGUAUCAAAAGACCAAGAAGUAUCGUCCAGUAUAUCAAAACUACGAAGAACUAGACCUAAUCAUCGAAAAGCAUCUGAGAAUACGUUAUCUACCUCCAAGAAAGACAAAGAUGAUAAAAGUAAAGUUGUUUGCUAUUAUACGAAUUGGUCGCAAUACAGAGUUAAAAUUGGAAAGUUUACACCGGAAGACAUUCUUCCUGAUUUGUGUACGCAUAUUAUUUUUGCAUUUGGUUGGUUAAAAAAAGGGAAAUUAUCAUCAUUUGAAAGUAACGAUGAAACUAAAGAUGGCAAAAUUGGGUUGUACGAAAGGAUACAGAAAUUAAAGAAAGCCAAUCCUCAUUUGAAAACUCUACUUGCUAUUGGUGGUUGGUCCUUUGGUACCCAAAAGUUUAAAGAUAUGGCGGCAACAAGGUAUUCUAGACAAACUUUUAUUUACAGUGCUAUUCCAUUUUUAAGACAGAGAAACUUUGAUGGACUAGACAUGGAUUGGGAAUAUCCCAAAGGAUCUGAUGACAAAAAGAAUUUUGUGCUUCUAUUAAAAGAACUACGAGAAGCAUUUGAAGCAGAAUCUCAAGAAAUUAAGAAAAAUCGCCUUCUUCUUACGGCCGCUGUACCUGUAGGUCCAGAUAAUAUAAAAGGCGGAUAUGACGUCCCAGCUGUAGCGUCGUAUCUUGACUUCAUUAACCUUAUGGCUUACGAUUUUCACGGUAAAUGGGAAAGAGAAACAGGACACAAUGCCCCGCUUUAUUCACCUAGCAGUGACAGUCAAUAUCAAAAGCAAUUGAAUGUUGAACAUGCAGCAAAUCUUUGGGUUAAAUUGGGUGCUCCCAAGGAGAAAAUGGUAAUAGGGAUGCCUACCUACGGUAGAUCGUUUACUUUAUCAGAUUCCAAUAAACAUGGUGUACAUGCUCCUAGUAGUAGUGGUGGCAAAGAAGGACCUUAUACAAAAGAAGGGGGAUUUUUGGCGUAUUAUGAGGUAUGUGAAAUGCUAUUGAAUGGAGCAACGUACUAUUGGGAUGACGAAAUGAAAGUGCCAUAUGCGGUUCAUGGAGAUCAAUGGGUAGGGUUUGAUGAUGAAAAAUCUAUUAGAUAUAAAAUGAAGUGGAUAAAAGAAAGCGGAUUUGCUGGAGCUAUGGUUUGGGCAAUUGAUAUGGAUGAUUUUACUGGAACAGUAUGUGGUGGAGAAGUUAAAUUUCCGCUUGUGGGUGCGAUGAGAGAAGAAUUAAUGGGAAUUUCUCGUGGAAAAGAUACAAAAGACGUUGAUUGGAUGAAAAUUGCCGGGCCAUCCGAAGAUGAUGACGAUGAUGAAGAAAAUGAAGACGAAGAAAAACCAAAACCAAUUAAAAUAGCAGUGUCCGAUGUACUAAAACGAGUUAGGAAACCAUCUUCAAAGAAAAGAACAUCUAGCGAUGCAAAGAGAGAAAAGAUAAACAGAAAGAUUCGAAAACCUCAAGUAUUUUGCUAUAUGACGAGUUGGUCCUAUAAGCGACCGGGUUCUGGUAAAUUUACCCCUGAAGAUAUUGAUGCAACGCUAUGUACUCAUAUAGUUUAUUCAUUCGCUACUUUAAAAGAUCAUAAAUUGGCAGAAGGUAAUAAUAAAGAUCCUGAAAUGUAUGAACGAGUAAUUGAUCUAAGAGAUAAACAUCCAGACUUAAAGGUUCUUUUGGCAAUUGGCGGAUGGGCAUUUGGCUCCACUCCAUUCAAAGAACUAACAGGAAACGUUUUCAGAUCAAAUCAGUUUGUUUAUGAUGCAAUUGACUUUUUGAGGGAGUAUAAAUUUAAUGGUUUAGAUGUUGAUUGGGAAUAUCCAAGGGGCGCCGACGACCGAGUUGCUUACGUUAAUUUGUUAAAAGAACUAAGAGUAGCCUUUGAAGGCGAAGCUAAAUCCAGUGGUCAGCCUAGGUUGCUACUAACGGCUGCAGUACCUGCAUCAUUUGAAGCUAUUGCAGCAGGAUACGAUGUUCCUGAAAUUUCCAAAUAUUUAGAUUUUAUUAAUGUUAUGACUUAUGAUUUUCAUGGUCAAUGGGAAAGAACUGUAGGCCACAAUGCUCCAUUAUUUCCGUUAGAAAGUGCUUCAAAGUAUCAAAAGAAAUUAACGGUGGAUUACUCUGCAAGAGAAUGGGUCAAACAAGGUGCGCCAAGAGAAAAGCUUAUGAUUGGUAUGCCUACCUACGGUAGAAGUUUUGAAUUGUUAAAUACAACACAAUUUGACAUUGGAGCUCCGGCAAGUGGUGGAGGUACGCCUGGAAAAUAUACUUCUGAAGCUGGUUUUAUGAGCUAUUAUGAAAUUUGCGAUUUUCUGCACGAAGACAAUACUACUCUGGUUUGGGACAAUGAACAACAAGUGCCAUUUGCUUAUAGAGGUAACCAAUGGGUUGGAUUUGAUGAUGAAAGAAGUUUAAAAACUAAGAUGGCUUGGCUUAAGGAAGAAGGUUUUGGUGGUAUAAUGAUUUGGUCGGUUGAUAUGGAUGAUUUUAGAGGAACUUGUGGAAGUGGCAAAUUUCCAUUAAUUAAUGCUAUGAGACAAGAACUAGAAGGAUAUAAAGUUAAACUUGAAUACAGCGGUCCAUAUGAGACUAGCGUCUCUUCUGGACAAUAUACAACAAAAAAUCCAAACGAAGUAACAUGCGAAGAGGAAGAAGGCCAUAUUAGUUACCAUCCUGACAAAGCAGACUGCAAGAUGUACUACAUGUGUGAAGGUGAAAGGAAACACCAUAUGCCUUGUCCGGCAAAUCUAGUUUUCAAUCCUGACCAAAAUGUUUGUGAUUGGCCAGAAAACGUAGAAAGCUGUUCACAAUUUACUCCAGCACCUCCUCCAAGUUAAUUUAAAUUAGAUUGCGUGGGAGUAUUCAGACUGUAUCUGAUAAAUUAAUAUUAUAUUUUGUUUUAGUUAAAAGAAGGCAAAGCGUUAAAUAUUUAGAAAUAUCUAAUUGAAAAAUUGUAUAUCUAGUAAGCAUUUGUUCUAU